AUCUCCAACAUGACCUCCGACUACUUUGCAGCGAGACUCUGGGCCAAGAUCACAGACAACACCACGCAUGAUGACAAGUACUACGAACCAGAGUCCGACACCAGCGAAUCCCACGGCACCGCACACUUCUCAUUGGUUGCUGAGGACGGCAGUGCUGUGUCGGUGACCAGCUCCAUCAACAUGCAUUUUGGAUCCAAGGUGAGGUCUAACACCAGUGGCAUCAUCUUCAACAAUCAAAUGGACGACUUCUCCACCCCGGGCCACAACAAUUAUUACGGUGUUUCACCUUCGGCUCCAAACUUCAUCGAACCAGGCAAGACGCCUCUGUCCUCCAUGUGUCCUGCUAUAAUACUCAAAAACAACUCGGUGAUGAUGGUGGUGGGGGCCGCUGGAGGAACGAAGAUCACUUCGGCAACUGCUCUGGUAAUAAUGAACGCGUUGUGGUUUGGUUACAACCUGGAGCAAGCUGUGAAUGCGCCCAGAUUACACAAUCAAUUCAAACCCAAUAUCACUGAUGUUGAGGAGGCACUCGAGCAGGAGGUACGAAUGGGCCUGGAGGAGAGACACCAGACACUGAAAUUCACAGAACAGACAGAAAAAACAGGCGUGGUCCAGGCCAUCGUGCGGAACGGAGGACGGUGGGAUGCUGUGUCAGACCACCGGAAAGGAGGGGAACCAGCAGGUUACUGAGGACCCUGAUCGGUUGGUCUGUUCAGCUCUGUGCCUAGAUUGAGGAGUUCGACUGGCAGGAGCCAAACUGAUCAACCCAAUCCGUAAUCAGAUCCGAAAAUCCAAUGUCCUGUUGAAGUAUGGCCAGUGUUAUGUUACUUCUGUUUAAACAGGUUAACAGUAAAGAGUCAUAUUCUGGAAGAGUUAGAGAACUUUUAUUUACAGUAAUAAACAAACUCGUCUUAACCGUGCUGGAACAUUCUAGCAAUCCCGCGCAUGCUCAGUGCUCUGUGCAAUCAUGUAUUGGCACAUCAUUGCACGCAACAUCACCACAGCCAGUUACAGGCAACUUUACCUGUCUGCACCUUUGUCAGAUACUUUACCAGCCACAAGCAAAAGCUCUUAAGACACCUGGAGUUGGGGAGGGACUCAGGGAUGUAAAUUGUGUUUUCAGUUCAGACACGUGGCCGGACACAGAGAUGCAAAUCCCUCUCUGAAACAGACUGUGUUUGGACCAUUGUGCCACCCACUUCCAGUCUUUUGGAAUCCAGCCCAGCCCAACCCACUCCCAAACACACCCAGCCUCCCUAGCCUUUACAAACCAUUCCCAACUUAUUCCAAACUUAUUCCCAGCCUCGCAUCAUUGCCAACCUAACCAACCUCACCCCAUCAUGCCCAGCCUGAAAGCAGUGCUAACAACCACAGUGGGAAGUCUGGCGUGAUUGUUACCACUCCACCUGUCUCUCAGACCAGUCCCAGCUGGGUCAGGAGAACACGUGCAAACCCAGCAGCCAUUUGCAGUUCCAUCUAUGCUUGUCAAC